AAUGGUAGUGGAAUCGGCAAACUUGUCAAGGUAGAGCUUAUAACACCUUCAUUUGAACCAGUUUUCAAUAGGUCACAUAAUAAUAGCUUAGAAAUUGUUUCCCUCUUUUCUUUCAAUGAGAAUGUUGUUCACUUGGAGAAGUGAAGCCCUUGUUUCUCUUUUUCUCCUCUUGUCUCUAUUCACUUGCAAUGUCUCUACUACAUCCACACCAUUAAUGUCCAAUCCAACACAAGCAGAAUCAGAUGCUAUUGAUAUAUGUAAGACAAUGUUUUGUGGGAAAGGAACAUGUCAGGCUUCUGAAACAGAAUUGCUUGGUUUCACAUGCGAUUGUGACUCUGGUUGGAAGAAGAUUAAAGUGGGAGUUCCUCCUUUGGAAUUUGAAUUACCCCCCUGCCUCUUGCCUAAUUGUACUCUUGAUAUGCAAUGUGGUAAUGGAUCUCAGUUACCUUCACUUCAACCUCCAAAAGAUGCAUCUAACCCUUGUUUGUUGAAUUUUUGUGGCGAUGGAACUUGUGAGAGAAUUGGCUCUGGAUUUGGAUUUAGGUGUCAAUGUAAUGAAGGUUCUGCCAAUAUACUCAACGAUCCAAGAAUGACUUGCCUUAAGAAAUGCGCCUUAGGAGCCGGUUGUAAUGGUUUUGAUCUUGGGUUCCAUGACCCGCCUCCACCUCCACAACAAAAUACUGGGCCUGGGAGCACUGGUGGGUCAUCAGGUGCAAUGCUGAACUGCUCAAGGGGACUUCAGAUGCUAAUUACUAUAAUGAUAUUGACAAUAAUAUCUCACAACUGGAUUUAAUUAGGAGAGUAUAUAAGUGUCGUAUAACUUUUCUCAUGAAAGUUGAAACACAUAAGAUAUCCUGCGGUACUAUUUUCAUGCAUGCUUCCCUUUUUCA